AUGGUUUCUGCGACUUUUGCUGCUAGUAUGGUGAUCAGCCCUGCCUUGGGAGCUUACAUAAUGGACGUUUAUAGUGAAAGCGUUGUAGUCGCAUUGGCCACUGCGAUCGCUCUCCUAGAUGUGUUCUUUAUCCUUGUCGCUGUUCCUGAGAGUCUCCCUGAGAAGGUUCGCCCAUCAUCUUGGGGUGCACCCAUCUCUUGGGAACAAGCUGAUCCAUUUGCUGUUAUGGGCUUUAGCGUUCUCAUGGUUGCAGUUUUCAUUGCGACUGUUGGAAUCCUCUCCGUAGGUGCACAGCUUGUCUUAGGUUUCUUAAUGAAGUCUCUAGGAAGCAAGCAUACCAUUAUGUUGGGUUUGCUCUUUGAGAUGCUACAACUGAUGUGGUAUGGUUUCGGAUCUCAGACGUGGAUGAUGUGGGCUGCAGGUACAUUGGCUUCAAUAUCGAGCAUCACAUAUCCUGCCAUUAGUGCUUUUGUAUCCAUGCAUUCAGAUGCUGAUAAACAAGGGUUAGUCCAGGGGAUGGUAACAGGAAUGAGGGGAUUGUGCAAUGGCCUGGGUCCUGCGAUGUUCGGAAUCAUAUUCUACCUCUUCCACGUUGAUCUCAAUUACGACCCCGCUAGGUACGACAAUAACACUUCUGGCCAGCACAUGGACGUCAUCCCUCAGUUGGUGCCUGGCCCCCCGUUUGUUUUCGGCGCAUUCCUUGUUAUCUGUGCUUUACUGGUCGCUGCAUUUAUUCCCGAAGGAUCCAAUCAAGCGAUAACGCUCAAGCCAACGACACGAAGGCAGUCAGGUAUCUACAACAACGAUUAUACAUCAGGUCUUUCAAUGGAGGUUCAUUACGAGAUGGAGAGGUGCAAGAAGCACGACGGACUGAGCCCACUCUCUCCUCUAGUCGACAGUUCUGCUCUGCUUUGAAUCUAUAACGAUGGAGGUAUCUUUGGUUGCCACAUGCAACGGCGUAAGUCUCGCCUUCCUCACUCAUUACUGCUUCGUUCCAGUUCAAAUGGGAAUUUAUCACUGCCCUUUAACCGAUUAUGGUAUACGAGCAUAUUUUCUUUGGGAAAUACAAAUUUUUCCUCUCCCCACCCCUUAUAUGCCUAAUUUCCUAACUAAAAAAAAAAAGAAACAUUGCAUUUGUAAAUUUGAAAAAAACAAAAAAAUAAAAAAAAAUACCUGAACUGCUCACAUAUUACUCUAAAUAUGCACAGUGUAUUGAGAUGAACUAACCCACCUCUUAAUGGAUAUUGAAUUAGCGUACACUUGACCUGCGUGUAAGUGUGAGUACAUGUGGACUGCAUAGGUUAGUAGAGACCCCAACCAAAGUAUAGUUUAUGUAAGCGUAUUGUUUUCGUUUUUUCUUCUUUUUGGCUGGAGAAUAAGGCUGUUAAAAUAACUAAUUUAUUUUUCCCUUUGCUGGGUGAUAAGUCCUCUCGGCCUUGCGUACGACUUUGAUGGCUGUUAUGUUUAAUUUUUUCUUGAGCUUCUGUCGUUGGAAGUAUUAGGUUUUUACUUGUUAUUAUUAUUUUUUUUUUGUUCUAUAAUUAAUGGAAUCCUACUUGACUAUAAUUUUACCAAAGUUGAACAUCGUAGCCCAGGAUGUAAGUGUACUUUUCUUUCGUAUAAGUAUUUAUUUAAUGGGCAUUUUGUGAUGUGUUAUAUGUACAGUAUUCCUUUUUGGAACUAACCAUUGAGUGAUAAUUUGUUAGUGAUUUAUACAUUCCUUGUAAAUAUUGAACCUUUUUAAAAAUUUUAAAUAUUUAAUUGUUUUGUUGAAGAAAAAAAAAAUAUGUGUAAUGGUACUUGUUAAUAGUUACGUACACAAGUGGGAAUUGAAAUUGCCGUUGAAAAGUCAUCUACUCAAAUAUAUGCUUCAUCAGAAUGAUAAAGGGACUUAAUUUACUACAAAUAAUAUAAUAUAAGCUUGUAGUAGGCGAUUAUGUCUUUCAUUGUCUGUGAUGUCAAUCUUUUACCUGAUGAUUAUAAUUGAGAGUGAAGUUUUAAUCCACUAUUUCUUAUUGAGUGGUCGAUCGAUAGUAAUCCACCUCCUAAGGUAACAUAAUUUUUAAAAUAAAAUUAUUCUCUAUUUAUCAUUAAUAAGAAAAUUUAAUCAUAUCUGAAUUUUUAAUUACUUCGUAAUUUCAAAUAAACUCUUCAUUUUCCUAAGCACUUGAUAUAUAUAUAUAUAUAUAUAUAUAUAUAUAUAUUUUAAUCAAAACAAUGCACUGUCAAUUUAUAAACUUUUAUUCUUUCUUAACAAUAUAUUAUCAAACAGAUGAGAGAAAAUAUUUAUAAUAUUUAAUCUCAAAACUAUUUUCUUCUUUGGUUCAACUAAGCCGAAUUUGUAUUUUUAACUAGAUGGUAGUUAAAUAAAUUUGUUUUAUUUUUAAAACCUAGUCACUCGAUGUUAAUAUUUUAUUCUUUAAAUCUAAUAAUAUACAAGUACAGUAAAAAUUUCUGUUUUUGCAAUAAGAAUUUUUUUCAUUAUUAAAAUACUUUUACUGAAACUUCAGAUAUAAAAUCAUAUGGUUAUAUAUUAUUUAUUCUUGUAUAUUAUCAAUCACUGUUUUGUAAUCAAGCUUCUUGUCUUCCGAAAAUUUUCUUUUGAUGUAUGGAGAUGUUAUUUAAUUUACAGGUUAAUAAAAUUUCAAGGUUUCUUUUAAAUAAAAUAAGUAAUUAUUAGAACAUAAAAGUAUUUAUGGGUCAACUUUAUUCAGGUAUUAAUAGUUUGCUGCUAUUUACAAAACAAAACUAAAAAAAAAACCGUCCGAAGUGAUCUUCGAGGCAAUAUUGAUGUAUUAUGAGACAAAAGAGAAUUAUCCACAGAGCUUAUGAUUUUUUAGUCAAUUGAUAUUAAGUACUUUUUCAAAUGCAAUUUCAAUUUUGACCUGUGUACUUCUGUAUAUUUGAAAACAUACUAUUCUAUUGAAAUCUAAUUGUAAGUAUUAAAAGUCGAGGAAGUUAAGAAUAAGAUACUAGUUCCAAAGCACUACUCUUUCAGCCAUCUUAGUUGAUGCCAGAUUAUCCACGAUGUUUCAGGUAAGGUUUACAACAGAUAGCACCGGGCAGCGCUACUAUCGCAGAGGGGUAGUCUUGUCAGCCCUUGACCCCUCCACCUUAUCUUCAUUACAAAUAAUUACUAAAUAUAAUCUUUGGAAUAUAUAUGACGAGCCUUUUUUUUAACUUGUCGACUUUUUUUUGUCUCUUCAGUAUAUCGAUUAAGGAAACUUUCAAUUUUCGAUGUCAUUUAUAGACACAUAUUACUUCAAUCAUUUUUUUUUUUCAUUAUAUAUUUAUAAUUAUUGUGUUUAUAUAUUGCCUGUUUUUGUUUUUUUAACUUGGUAAUUUAUCAUUAUUAAUGCUUUUCAGUUUUGUUAUCCUAAAUUAAAGAAGUUGAUUAACUUAAGUUUUGUUUUAAUUGUGACACUUUAUCUGUAAUUGUAUUAUUUCUAAGAAGUAAAAUAAUUUCAAUUUCUGUUUUCCACCGAAGAAAAUGUUUCAGGAUCAUGUAGGAGAGCUCUAGCGAUUGAUUAAUAAUCAAUUAACAAAACAAUGAAAAAGGUGGGAAAAGAAUGCUAACUUUAAAAAAAGGCGGAUUAUAUGUAACCUAAACGAUAUAAUUUCUAUAUUUACUUAAAAUAAAGGAGAGGUGGAGGGUACAAAACUACCCCUCCGCAAUAGUGGCGCUGCCUGGUGCUAUCUGUUGUACACCUUAUCUGAAACAUUGUGGAUAAUCUAGCAUCAACCAAGAUAGCUGAAAGAGUAGUGCUUUCGAACUAGUACCAAGAAUAAUAUAUAAAAUUAAAUUCUUAUUGUGUAUAUGUACAGUAGAGCUAUUUUAGGUAAAGUGAACGACUAUGUUUAUUUUUUGCCCAAUACUGUUUUGGGAUUGUAGUGCAGAAGUUUUAAAUGAAACUAUGUGAAUAAAAAAUGUAAAGAGAGAAGUAAUCGAGGUAUUGAAAUAUUUUUGGGAGAAUGAUUAUAUAGUAGUGUAUAAGCGUUUUAAUGCACGCUCUUAUAUGAGAGUUUUAUUAUUUGAAGUUUUAUUGUUUUGAAGUAGAUUAAUAAUUGUUGAAAAUCGAAUAUAUAUAGUGAAAAAACAGGAAAUGUUUGUUUAUCAAUACGAAAAAUAAAAUGUCCGACCUAAAUUGAAUUAGAAAAUAUCAUCACUCAUGCUUGGCAAAUUACAUCACUUGUUUUUUUUUUUUUAUUUUAAUCAAUAAAUAUUGUUUUAACUAUUAUUUGUUAAAAAAUUUCUUGGAAGUUCUUUUUAAUUCUGAUAUUAAACAAAAAUCAGGUUUGCAUAUUUUACCUCAUGAUAUUAUAUUAGAGAAAACAACAUGAAUCAACUGUUAAAAAUGAGGUAUUGAUUGUAUAUUGUAAGGUAAUAUAUAAAUAUUAUUGUCAUGAAAUACAGUUAUUUUUUAUUGUAAAAAAAAAAAAUCAAUAAUGUAAAUUAUUUGUAAUGUAUUUUUGAUUUAAUUAAAACGUUGUUGAACAUACAUAAGUUUAUAUUUAUUUCUAAACACCCAUAAAUUUUCUAAAAAAAGUUUUAUUUUUAUAAAAUACAUAAUAAAUUAUGCCUUGAAAAAUAUAAAUACAUUGAUUUUAAAUCUUAUUUAGGAGAUAGAAAAAUAUAUUAAUAAAACAUUUUUCCAUAAAUUUUAAACUUUAAUAUAGGUUAAUGUAAACCAUAUUGUCAUUGAAUAUGAUAAAUAUAUACAAGCUAAUUUAAGUAAUAAUUUAAAAAUUACAUGAUACAGUGAUAUACUUGUUAAAAAAAAUCAUUUGUAUUACAUAUUUACAAACAAAACAUUAUAGAUAAAUUUCAUUUGAGUCUUUCUUUCUUAUUUUCAUUUCGUAACUAAAUAAAUCUAAGUUAUAAUUAAUUAAAAAUAUACACAGCCUUGAAGAAUACUUGGAGAAUGGAGUGAUUAUCAUUUGUCCAAUUUUCUUUUCCCCAUCGCCAAUUCCGAAAUGAUUUCUCUCAUUCUUCUCUGCUCGCUCAAUUCCUUGUUCAUUUCUGAUAUUUCUUUGUCCUUUUCAGAGAUGACUUUUUCUAGUUUAGAGAGAACUAAUGACUGUUGCAAUAUUUC